AAAAAUAAAUCCCGGAAUCCCCGCCGAGCCCCGGCCGUGCCAGCGCAAGAUUCGGGAUCCGGGGCGGGCACGGGCGCUGCGGCUCGGGAGCCUCCCCCCCGCCGAUGCUGCCGGUGCCACGGCACAGCCCGCAGCAGCCUUUGCACAGGAGGAGAGCGGCAGCGCGGUCCCUCCAUCGCCAUGCCUCGGCCCACCACCCUCAUCCUCAUCCUGGCCGGGCUCUGCGCGUCCUCGCUGGGCCAGUACAACGAGGAGGAGGACCUGGCGUGGCUCCAGUACUACCUGCGGCAGUCCCGCGCCUCCUCCUACAACUACGUGCCCUACUACGAGGAGGAGAGCCCCGCGUACGCCUACUCCUACCCCAGCGCCACCGACACGGAGCCGGAGCCCGAGCCCGAGCCGCAGCAGGCGGCGCCCUGGCGGUGUCCCCAAGAGUGUGACUGUCCCCCCAACUUCUCGUCGGCCAUGUACUGCGACACGCGCAACCUGCGCUACCUGCCCUUCGUGCCGUCGCGGAUGAAGUACGUCUACUUCCAGAACAACCUGGUCACCUCCAUCCAGGAGGGCGCCUUCGACAACGCCACCGAGCUGGAGUGGCUGGCGCUGCACAACAACCAGAUCAGCAGCGACAAGAUGGGCAAGAAGGUUUUCGGGAAGCUGCAGAGGUUGGAGAGGCUCUACAUGAACAACAACAACCUGACCCGGCUGCCCAGCCCGCUGCCGCGCUCGCUGCGCGAGCUCCACCUCUCCUACAACCAGAUCUCCAAGGUGCCUCCCAACGCUCUGGAGGGGCUGGAGAACCUCACGGCGCUCUACCUCAGCCACAACUUCAUCUUCGAGAUGGGCGCGUCCCUCAAGGGGCUCAAGUCGCUGAUCCUGGCCGACCUGAGCUACAACAACCUCAGGAAGGUCCCCGAUGGGCUGCCGGCCUCGCUGGAGCAGCUCUACAUGGAGUACAACUACAUCAACGCCAUCCCCGACGAGUAUUUCCAGGUGUCUCCCAGGCUGCUCUACGUGAGGAUGUCCCACAACAGCCUGACCAACCAAGGGCUCUCCAGCAACACCUUCAACAGCAGCAGCAUCCUGGAGCUGGACCUCUCCUACAACCGGCUGCAGAAGAUCCCGCGGGUCAACACCAACCUGGAGAACCUCUACCUGCAGGGGAACCAGAUCGACGAGUUCUCCAUCAGCAGCUUCUGCUCCGUGGUGGACGUGGUGAACUACUCGCGGCUGCAGGUGCUGCGGCUGGACGGCAACGCCAUCAAACGCAACGCGGUGCCCCCGGACGCGCCGCUGUGCCUGCGCCGCGCCACCGUCAUCGAGAUCUGAGCCCCCCCAGGACUGGUGUCCCCCACAUGGGGAUUCCCUCGUUCCCGCUUCCCCGCCCGACUCGCAGCGCCGUCGCCGGUUUUUCCGGAAUUGUCCCUUUUUGCACUCAGAUCCCGGCUCUGAUCCCGCCAUAGGCGUCCCAUGAAGGGGACAUGGGCGGCUCUUGUCCCAGGGUGGGGUGGGACAUGGCAGGGGUGGGGAUCAUCCUGCUUUGGACAGGGGGAAAUCCCAAACUCGAUCCCAAAUUCGGGUCUGAACCCCCCUGGGAGGAGUUUCCUUCCAUGGGGAUCAGACCCUUUUUCUGGGGGGAAAUCCCAAUCCCAAAUCCAGGUCUGAACUCCCUAAAAGGAGCAUCCCUCCAUGGGGAUCAGACCCUUCUUUCAUGGGGAAAUCUCAAACUCGAUCCCAAAUUUGGGUCUGAACUGCCUGGGAGGAGUUUCCUUCCACGGGGAUCAAACCCUUUUUCCAUGGGGAAAUCUUUCCAUGGGGAUCAGACCCAGAAGGAACAUCCUUCCAGGAGGAUCAGACCCUUUUUCCAUGGGGAAAUCUCAAUCCUGACCCCAAAUUCGGGUCUGAAUUCCCUGGGAGGAGCUUCCUUACAGGAGGUUCAGAUCCUCUUUCCAUGGGGAAAUCCCAAUCCCAAAUCCUGGUCUGAACCCCCUUAAAGGAGCUUCCUUACAGGGGGUUCAGACCCUUUUUCCAUAGGGAAACCCCAAUCCCAAUCCCAAAUCCAGGUCGGAUUUGGGAGGAGCAUCCUUCCAGGAGGAUCAGACCCUUGGUUCCAUGGGGAAAUCCCGUGGGGAAAUCCCGUGGGGAUCAGACCCUUUUUCCAUGGGGAAAUCCCAAUCCCAAAUCUGGAUCUGAACCCCCUAAAAGGAGCAUCCUUCCAUGGGGAUCAGACCGGUUUUUUAUGAGGAAAUCCCAAUCCCAAAUCUGGAUCUGAACCCACUGAAAGGAGCUGCUUUACAGGGGGAUCAGACCCUUCUUCCAUGGGGAAAUCCCAUGGGGAUCAGACCCUUUUUCCAUGGGGAAAUCCCAAUCCCAAAUCCGGAUCUGAACCCCCUGGAAGGAGCAUCUUUCCCUGGGGAUCAGACACUUUUUCCAUGGGGAAAUCCUUCCAGGGGAAUCAGACCCUUUUUCCACGGGGAAAUCCCAAUCCCAAUCCCAAAUCUGAAUCUGAACCCCCUAAAAGGAGCAUCCUUCCAUGGGGAUCAAACCCUUGUUCCAUGAGGAAAUCCCAUGGGGAAAUCCCUUGGGGAUCAGACCCUUUUUCCAUGGGGAAAUCCCAAUCCCAAAUCCAGGUCUGAACCCCCUGAAAGGAGCAUCCAUCCAUGGGGAUCAAACCCUUUUUCCAUGUGGAAAUCCCAUGGGGAUCAGACCCUUUAUCCAUGUGGAAAUCCCAUGGGGAUCAGACCCUUUUUCCAUGGGGAAAUCCCAAUCCCAAAUUCGGGUCUGAACCCCCUGGGAGGAGCAUCCUUCCAUGGGGAUCAGACCCUUUUUGCAGGGGGGAAUCCCA